AUGUCUUCACACGCGAGCCGUGGACUGUCGCAUGCCGGCGUCCUUCAUGAAUAUGCUCCAAGACUGGUGGCCUUCGAGUUCACCCCACCAUCAGAUGUCAACAAGCUACACAGCCUGAUCUUCGUAGGCGGCCUGACAGAUGGAUUCUGCACGGUCCCAUAUGUUUCCAAGCUAGCCCAAGCAUUGGUAAACACUGAGUGGUCUGUCUUCUCCGUUUUGCUCUCUUCUUCCUACGGCGGAUGGGGAGUCGGAAGCCUCGAUCGCGAUGUCGAGGAACUCGGCCAAUGCGUCCGAUUCAUUCGCGACCUCAAGGCAUCACAACAGCCCAGCGCACCAGCCAAGUCUGCAAAGAUCGCAGUUAUGGGUCACUCUACGGGUAGCCAAGAUGUGCUUCACUACCUCUAUUCACCCAACUCUGGCUAUGGCCUCCAGCAUCAAGUUCGCCCUCCACUUGACGGCGCUAUUCUGCAGGCUCCUGCGUCAGACAGAGAGGGUCUCCAAGCAAUCAUCGCCGACUCUCCGCAGCCCGAUGAGCUCAAGAAGGUGUACAAUGAACUUGUAGACUUUGCUAAGAAGCAGCCAUACACGGAGAAAAACAUCGAUAACGUUCUCCCGAUGCAUCUCACUUCCAAACUUUCAUAUCCUGCCGACACGCCGCUGAGUGCUCGGCGAUUCUUGAGUUUGGUUAGCCCCGAAAGCCCUGAGCACCCAUCUGAGGAUGAUCUUUUCAGCUCCGACUUGAGUGAUAAGCGCUUGCAGGAGACGUUUGGGAAGAUCGGUACUCAAGGAAUCAUCCAGUCCAAGCUGCUAUUUUUGUAUUCGGGCAAUGAUGAAUACUGCCCGCACUGGGUGGACAAAGAGAAACUGUUGCAGAGGUGGCAGCAGGCUACUGAAGCGGGAGGCGGCUCAUGGGAUACGGAAAACAGCGGUGUGAUCGUCGGAGCCAGCCACAAUGUCAAGGAUGAAGGUCAACAGGAGCUUAUUGAUCGAAUUCUACGAUACCUUCACAGCCUCUAA